AACGAAGAAAAAUGUUUGAAAUAAAAUUUUUAUUAUUGUUGAAGUAAUUUUAAAAACAAAAAAUUUAAAGUAUAAUGCUUGGCUGCAAGUUUUUAAUGUUUAUUUUUGUGAGUCCUAUGAGUCCGUAAAUAAUGAGCCAACGUCUUUCAAAAAAUACUUUUAAAACAAGGAAUCAAAUCAAAGAGUCUAAUGAUAAUUGUGUUACUAAAAUCAAUAUUUUUCUAGUUGGAAGUCGAAAAGUUGGAAAAACAAGUUUAAUAUUCCGCUAUGCAACGAAUAUGUUUUCGGAAACGUAUUUCCCAACUAUUGGAGUAGAUACAAAAGUUGUGGAAGUAGAAACCCACGAUGGAAAACGAGUAGCCGUUACUUUUUGGGACACACCUGGAGAUGAUGCAGUUCGACAAAAUUCAAACAAAGAAUUGUACAGCCGAGCAUCAGGAUUCCUUCUGCUUUACGACGUUAACAACGUGGAGUCAUACAACGCAGUAUAUGAUUGGAUGAGAUUAAUUGAAAAUAAUGCGUUAGAAAACGCACAAGUGGUUGUCAUUGGAAACAAAACAGAUUUGAGGGAUUCAAAUAAUCCAGCUAUUACAAAAGAUGAUGGCGUUCACAUGGCAUCUUGUUACAACGCAAAAUUCAUGGAAACCAGCGUUUACACAAAAAAAAAUAUUAAUAAAACGAUCAAAAGAAUGGUCACAAAUAUUUGUAACGAAAAAUAAUUUCGUAUACAAAGUUGAGAACAAAAUGUGUCGAUAUUAUGUUUGUUUUACAAAUCGCCUGUCGAUAACCAAGCCGUAUGUCCGUUUUUUGUGUUUCCGAGGAAAUCAAGUUUUAAAAUUUAAUUUAUAAAAACUUUCUGUAAGAAUGUCCGACUAAUUUAUAAAUAUUUUAAAAAGUUGUAUCGUUCUUGAGGCUAGAUUUAUUGGACACAUACUCCAUUGAUUAUUGACGGCCUCUUGGUUCUCGGCUGACGAUAUUGUAGAGUUUUGUUUAUUAUUUAACUACUUUCUGUACGCACCUAAUAUUUAAACUUCCUUUGAAAGUUGAACAUUUUAAAUAUAAAUUAAAUACCGAAUAAAUCUCAUUUUACA